AUGCUUGUUUCCCAAGAUCUUCUCCUUUAUGGACUGCUGGCGUCAACCAAUUUCGGGUUGACAACUGCGAGUGCAAUAAAGAGGCCUCGUUCUGCAACCACUACCCGCGAGCGAACCAGUAUAAAUGCUGACUGGCGAUUUGAACGUUUUGUCGAUGCACCCGAUUCACUCAGCUAUGAGACUCUGAGACCAUGGAUACUCCCUUCGGCCAACAACUUCCUGAACGGAGAUAAGUACGAAGCGCCAGGUGAAGAAGCCCCGGGGUCGGACGUGGAAUUCAUACAACCUGAUUUCGACGACCAAGGUUGGGAGCAAUUGGAUCUGCCUCACGAUUGGGCAAUCACUGGCACCUUUGAUGCCCCUGGUGUCGAGGGUGGCUUGGGAAGACUCCCUAUCAAUGGCGUUGGCUGGUAUCGUAAAACACUCUCGUUAGAGGACGAACUGAUUGCGUCUGGAAAAUCAAUCUUCCUAGACGUCGAUGGCGCCAUGUCAUAUGCUGCAGUCUGGUUGAAUGGCAAAUUCGUCGGUGGUUGGCCAUUUGGCUACAAUUCGUUCCGUCUAGACCUUACCCCAUUCGCAAAAUCUGGAGAGAAUCAGUUAGUUAUACGACUGGAGAAUCUUUUAGACUCUUCACGCUGGUACCCUGGCGCUGGAAUCUACCGUAAUGUGUGGCUAGUGACUGCCAGUCCUGUACACGUUGCGCACUUCGGAACGUAUGUUACAACACCUAGCGUCUCAGCUGAUGAAGCUACCGUCGAUGUCGCCAUCGAAAUUGAGAACGCUGGAAACAGCACUUCACAAGUCGAAAUAGAAACAAAGAUUUAUGAACUCGACCCAACAUCUAGGAAACCAACGGGAGAUUCUCUAGCAACAGUGAAGAGCACGCGGGUGGCAGUAGAGGGCAAAUCCAAGCAAGCUGUCAAUGGAUCAACUACCGUCGCAAACCCAAAGCUCUGGGGCCCUCCCCCUAGCCAGAAACCAAAUGAAUACAUUGCAGUUUCUACUCUAUCCAUCAACGGGACCGAGGUGGACUCCUACGAAACGCCAUUCGGUAUUCGCACAGUCCAGUACGAUCCGCUUAAGGGCAUCCUGCUCAAUGGAGAGCCUGUACGAGUUUACGGCACAUGCAACCACCAUGAUCUUGGAUCUCUCGGUGCUGCUUUCAAUUAUCGCGCUGCUGAACGCCAGAUCCAAAUGUUACAAGACAUGGGCAACAAUGCACUUCGCACUUCGCAUAACCCACCAGCGCCGGAGUUCCUUGAUAUCGCCGAUCGAUUGGGACUUAUGGUUCAAGAUGAAAUCUUUGAUACUUGGAGCUUCCCUAAGGUAAAGAAUGAUUUCCAUCGUAUCUUCAAGGAAUGGCACGAGCCUGAUCUACGAUCGUUUAUCCGCCGUGACCGCAACCACCCCUCGAUCAUCGCAUGGAGUAUCGGAAACGAGAUCCCUGAACAAGCCAACUCAACCGGUGGAGAGACAGGAAAGAUAUUGCAAGACAUCGCACAUGCUGAAGAUCCAACGAGACAGGUCACCAAUGGCUUGAACACUGCUAAGCCUGGAUCUCCUUUCACUGAUGUUAUCGAUAUCAUUGGUCUCAAUUACCAGGGAGAGGGCAAGGGCAACUCCUGGGUUAGCACAUUCCCGGAUUUCCAAAAAGCAUACCCAAAUAAGAUGAUCUGGAGCACUGAAUCCGCAUCAACGGUCGCAUCACGCGGUAUUUACAUCUUCCCAGUUCAUUCCAACAUAAGCACAAUUGUCGGUGCAGGUCCUGGCGAGGGAGCAGAUCCAGAGACACAACAGGUCAGCGCAUAUGGCCUCUAUGCACCACCCUGGGCCGCAUCGCAGGAUAAGGUGUUCGAGCAGCAGGACAAACAUCCCUAUGUAGCAGGAGAGUUCGUGUGGACCGGCUGGGACUACAUUGGCGAGCCAACCCCCUAUGACAACUCCAGUCGAAGCUCUUAUUUCGGCAUCAUUGAUCUUGCAGGAUUUCCCAAGGAAAGGUACUAUCUGUACCAGUCUCGAUGGCGACCGGAGCUCGCCCAGGCCAAACUGAUUCCACACUGGACCUGGCCAGAUCGCGUUGGAAAGGUGACUCCGGUACACGUCUUCACAUCAGGCGAUGAGGCUGAGCUCUUUGUCAACGAUGUUUCUGCCGGGCGAAAGAAGAAGGGACAGUACGAUUACAGACUCCGCUGGGAUAAUGUAACCUACUCCCCUGGGUCCAUUCGCGUUGUCGCAUACAAGGACGGAAAAGAAUGGGCAUCCGACUCUCACGUCACAGUCAGCGAGGCCACUGCGCUGAAUGUCACCGCAGAUCGAACAACUAUCCGUGGUGACGGUCAAGAUCUUUCGUUCAUCACAGUCGCUGUCGUGGAUAAGGACGGAAAUACCAUCCCGCAGGGAGACAAUGAAAUAACCUUCUCGGUGUCUUCUGGACCAGGAAAGAUCAUCAGUACGGAUAACGGCGACGCGACUGAUAUGGUGCCGUUCCCUUCGCACAGUCGCAAGGCCUUCAGCGGUCUUGCUCUCGCGAUUGUGAAAGCUGAAGCUGGAUCACAGGGAGAGAUUGUGAUUGAGGCGAAGGCAGAUGGGCUUACAGCAGGAAAAGUAGUUUUAACAGCUAGCUAG